AUGGGCAAGAUGCAACACAACUCUGACUUCAAGACAGAGCUGCGCGAGCCUUCGGAGACGGAUGGCAGUGUCACCGCCACUGGGCAAAACUAUCUUGAAAAGGUUGAGACGGGCGGUUUGGCACCAUGGUCAACGCAUAUCGCUGGCGAUGCAGCCAACCUGACUCCCGAGCAUCGCAACUACCUUCUGAAGAGACAUGGCACGUUGGAGCUGGAUCCUAUGCCUGGUUUUGGUGAUGCUGAUCCGUUGAAUUGGAAGACUUGGAAGGUGCUCCUCUCUUUNGGAGACCUCUUUCUCCAUAGUUAUGGCAGCAUGGCCGCAUGCAGAGCCUUGGUCGCCUUCUUCAUCAGUCCUGCUGGUGCUAUCGGAAGUGGUGUCGUUGGCGAAACGUUCUUCAAGAGAGAGCGCGGAAAGUACAUGGGUAUCUGGACAUUGAUGGUCACUCUCGGUGUCCCACUAGGCGGUUUCACUAUGGGCUUCGUCGCCAACAACGUCGGCUACCGUUGGAUUUACUACAUCCUCGCCAUCAUCAACGGCGUCCAAUUCAUUCUCUACAUUUUCUUCGGCCCUGAGACAAGAUACCUGCGCCAAGGUGUCGAGCACCGCGGAUCCGAUCUCAAACAAGAAUACUGGAGCUUCAGGCGCAUUGACCCUACACCCCUCAGGGCCUGGGACUUCAUUCAACCCUUGACCAUGGGUCGCCAUGCUACAGUCCUGCUUCCUGCUGUCGCAUACGCCAUGGUUUUCCUGCUCACUUCCGUCCUCGUUACCGUUGAAAUUCCUCAGCUGUUCCAAGAGAAGUAUCAUUUCAACGCUCAGCAGAUCGGAUACCAAUUCGCGAGCAUCAUCAUUGGAUCUGUCAUUGGCGAGCAACUGGGAGGUGUUCUGUCUGAUUUCUGGAUGAAGCGCAAGGCUCGCAAGAUGCCUGCUGGCCACCGUCCUAUGCCUGAAUACCGUCUCUGGCUUUCCUAUUCCGGCUUCCUUUUGGGCAUCGUCGGCUACAUCGUCUUUCUCAUUCAGACCGAGGACACCGCCAAGUGGAACGUCACACCUCUCAUCGGUGCCGCCAUCGCUGCCGUCGGUAACCAAAUUGUCACCACUGUUCUCAUUACUUACGCCGUCGACUGUCACCAAGAAGAAGCUGCCAGUAUUGGUGUCUUCAUCACCUUCGUUCGUCAGAUGUGGNGCUUCAUUGGUCCCUUCUGGUUCCCUCAGAUGUUUGAGAACAUUGGACUCCNNAAGGCCAGUGCGGGUGUUGGUACUGCUUUAAUGAUUGGUGUCACUAUUCCCAUCAUUUGGCUGCAAUGGAGAGGUCGCUCGAGAAAAACCAUUGACGACGAGUAA